GCGGGGCGGAGCCGGUCGGGUCUGGUCUCCUUCAGCCAACCAGGGACGAGGGUUUCCCGUGAUCUGGACUGAAGCGGAUGAGACCAGAACCUUUGUUCUCCCUCCACCCACUCCCAGAAUGAAAAUAAAGCCCUCGUUUUAAAUGGCCGGCCGAUGUUUCCGAUGCAUCUCGCAGGAUCUGCAGUGAUCGGCUGUGCUGAGCAUUGUUUUAUUCUACAGUAGCCGUGUGCGGACAGCAGAAAGCAGUGUGCGGGUUGGUUUUUCCCUCCCGGAGGAAACGAGGGGCUCUUUUUUUUUUUUCACUCCCCGUAACCCAAUGGAAAUUAAACACGGAGCUCAAAGUGACUGCAGUCGAGGGAAUGAGUUCCCCGUGGCGUACCUCCGCCUCAUGGCUCCGCCCCUGCAACUGUUCUCGGCUGCCAUGUGGCAGGUGGUGCAGCAGGGACUGGUGGACAACUAUGGGAUGCUGGAGGAGUUUGUCACCAUGGUGACGGAGCUGGUCCCCCAGCUGAUGAGCUACAGCCAGCGGGCGCAGCUCAUCCUGGGGCUCAGGGCCCGGCUGGUUCUGGAGCUGUGUCGGAGCACUGAGCCGGUGGACCUCCAGACCAUCCAGCCCCACCUGGACCGGAUCAAGGCUCCGAGCAGCACGGCCAACGACCCCCACGUCACCGUCGACCAGGUGGAGGAGUCGGAGGUCAACUUUGUGGAGCUGGUGCACACUCUGCUGGAGAGCCCUGCGGAGAAGGCGCACUUCUUCCAGGAGGUCUACCCGGAGCACUUUGGGUCAAAGUACGACACAGCGCUGGAGAUGUUGGUGUGGGAGUUCAUCUCCAGACUGGACGAGCUGCUGCCCAUCCCAGACUUCACACAGAUGGUGGAGUGGCUGGUGGGCGUCCCCUCCUUCCUCCACGACACCCUGCAGUCCUUCAGGCAGCGGGAGGACAUGAAGGUGGCCCUGGAGCACCACGGCAACCUGGAGCAGUUCGAGGAGAAAGAUCCCAGUCUGCUCCCGAUGGACGACUGCAUCCUCUACUCCCUCGCCCUCCCGACGAAGACCAGGAUGGAGGUCAGCUCGGCGUCCCACUCCCCCUCCCAGGACGUCUCCCUGCUCCCCGACGUUCCCAACACCCCGACCAGCGCCGAGGACCGCGGCCGGCGGAGCGCGGAGCGGGCCCGACUGAGGCGGGAGCGCAGGGAGGCCGUCGCCGGGCAGAUUAGAGCCGAGAGCGAGUCAUUGGACGACUCGGACGCCAUGUGUCCGCCGGACGCCUCGGGUCCCGCGGACGCCCCGCCCCCCACGGAGCUUUCAGCCGACGACGACGUCUACAUCUCCAGGGGGGGGCGGGCGCUGAGGAAGAGGAAGAUGAGCCGGACGCCCGAGCCCCCGGCGAAGCAGCCCUCGAAGCGACCCCCUUCCCACAGGGAGCCCAGCCUGGAGGUGGAUAGCUCCGGAGAGUCUCCGUUGAUCUCCAUAUGGGGAGAAUACACAGACCCCCAGGCGCCCUCCGUGCCGGCGGAGGCGGCGGUAGAGAACAAGGCCCCCUGGUCGGACGAAGAGACCCUCCGGCUGCUGGAGAUCUGGGGGAAGGACUCGGUGCAGCGGGGGCUGCAGGGCUGCAUCAAGAACCGCCACAUCUUCUCGCUCAUCGCCCAGAGGCUGGCGGAGCACGGACACGUCCGCAGCGUGGAGCAAUGCCAGGUCCGCAUCAAGAGGCUGAAGAAGGCCUACCGCCACUGCCUGAAGAGGAACAGAAGAAAAACCACCAAUAAGACGGAGUGCAAGUUCUACGAGCAGCUGGAGGGCGUGCUGGGGGGGCCGUCGGGCGGCCCCAAGGUGACCUACGACCCGGAAGAGGAGGAGGAGGGGGAGGGGGACGAAGAGGAGGAGGAGGAGGAGGAGGAGCUGAAGCAGGAGGAAGAGGAGCUGAAGCAGGAGGAAGAGGACGAUGAAGACCUGCAGAUUCUCGGCUGCCCCAGUCGAGAGGUGAUGGGAGCGGAAGCGCCCCGAAGCGUUCCGUGGACGGACGCGGAGACGCAGUGCCUGGUGAACAUCUGGGGGAAGGACCAGGUGCAGCAGGGGCUGAAGGGGGUGCAGAGGAGGGGGCCCGUGUUCCCGUCCAUCGCCCAGAUGAUGGGCGCGCUGGGCUACUCGCGCAGCGCCGAGCAGUGUCAGAGCCGGCUCAAGCGCCUCAAGUCCACCUUCAGGCAGUGCUACAACAACAACCUCCAGGGGAAGCGGCAGGUGGAGUGUAAGUUCUAUGAGCAGCUGGGCCGGGUCCUGACCACGGACCUGUCGUUCUCUGAGGCGCCGCUGGAGGAGAGCAGCGACCCCCUGGACCCCCUGGACCCCCUGGACCGCCCCGAGCAGGAGGACGAGGAGAGGCCCACCCACGCAGACCUCUCCGCCUGGCACCGGGAGAUGGGGGCCGUGGAGCGUCGGAAGGUCCCCUGGUCGGACAAGGAGACGGUCAUCCUCCUGGAGCUGUGGGGCGACCACCACGUUCAGUACAGUCUUCGGCGAAGCCCCCACAACGGACACGUCUUCACGGACAUCUCGGAGAAGCUGGGCGCCAACGGGUUCUACCGCAGCGCCGGCCAGUGCCACACCCGGGUGAAGAGGCUGAAGGCCCGCUACCGCCAGGCCCGCGAGAACCUCAGAACGUCGGGGACGGAUAAGAUCGACUUCAAGUUCUACGACCUCCUGGAGCAGAUCGUGGAGAAGCAGCCGUCGACCUCCUCGCUGCUGCUCCCCGACGCUGCGACCGUCUCAGAGGAGUCCGACGGGGAGUCGGCCAACGGCGCCGAGGCCACGGCCUCGUCUAAGCCCAGCCUGUGGUCUGACGAGGAGACGCUGGCUCUGAUGGCGGUGUGGGGCGAGGAGGAGGUGCAGCGGGCGCUGCGUGGUGCCGUGCACAACGGCCACGUCUACGCCGAGAUCUCGGAGCGCAUGAGGGGGCGGGGCCACGGCAAGAGCCAGGAGCAGUGCCGCUGGAAGGUCAAGGCGCUCAGGGCGCACUUCCGCCAGUGCUACGACCGCAAGAAGCGGUUGAAGAGCAAGGUGGAGUACAAGUUCUACCCCCAGCUGGAGGCCAUCCUGGGCCAGGAGGUCAACGACGAGAGCGAGGUCAAGGAGGAGGAAGAGGAGGAGCAGGAGACAGCCGCAGGCGCCAACGGGGCCAGCGGGGCCAGCGGGCCGUGGUCGGAGCCCGAGACGGUGGCGCUGGUCGGGCUGUGGGCGUCGGCCGAGGUGCAGGACAGCCUGCGGGCGUGCGUCCACAACAGCCACAUCUACGGCGAGCUGGCGGGCAGCAUGGCGGAGCUGGGGUACCCCCGCACGGCCGAGGGGUGCCAGGCCCGCAUCAAGAACCUGAAGAAGACCUACCGCAACUUCUGCAACAGCCGAAGGAGCGGGGGCCACCCCAUGCUGUUCACCUACUACCAGCUGAUGGAGCCAGUGCUGGGGGACAGCGGAGCCCCCCCCUUCGACCCCACCGGGGGGGACGGGGGGGCGCUCUCCCUCCUGGACCCCGAGGACGACCUCCUGGCUGAGGCCUCCCCGGGGGGCCAGGCGGAGUCCAGCCGUAAGAUGCCGUGGUCGGAGCGGGAGACGGAGACGCUGCUGGCCGUGUGGGGGGAGGACGGGGUGCAGCUGACCCUCACGGCGGGCGGCCGCACGCGCCACCUCUACGACUACAUCUCCCAGAAGAUGCGGGGGCUGGGCUUCGGCCGCUCCCCGGAGCAGUGCUGCACGCGGCUCAAGAGGCUCCGCGCCGCCUUCCACCACGACAAGAAGGACUUCAAGUACUUCGACCAGAUGGAGCAGAUCUACAACAAGGUGAUCAGCGUGGACGAGGGCGACGAGGACGACGGGGGCCUGGGGGAGGACCCCGGCCUGGGGGAGUACCCCAACGAGCUCAUGCCCGACCUCCCCGACCUGGACCAGGACCUGGCAGCCCUCCUCCCCGCGGCGGACGGCACCAAGCAGACGUGGGGCGAGGAGGAGACGGAGCUGCUCCUGGAGCUCUGGGGCAGCGACGGCAUCCAGGAGGCGCUGAGGAGCUCCAACAAGACCAAGCCGGCGCUGACCCAGGUGUCCCGGGCCAUGGCGGGGGCCGGGUUCCACCGCACCCCCCAGCAGUGCCAGACCCGCAUCAAGAGGCUCAAGAGGAGCUUCAGACGCUUCGUGGAGGACAGCCGGGGCGGGACGGAGAAGCAGGAGUGUAAAUACUUCGACCAGCUGCUGCGUGUGUUUGGCGCGCAGUACGUCGACGCAGACCUGCUGGACGCAGACCUGCUGGCCAACGCCCCCCUGGACCUGCCAGGUUCUCCAGAAUCUAGCAACGGCCCAUCGCCAUAGUAACCAAGCCACGCCGAGCGGGCGUGGCCGACGGCCGGCCGGGAGGCGCUGACACGGAGCCCGGAGGUCGGGCGCAGAGGAUUAUUUUUGAACACGGAUCCGAGUGCUGUUGAGCAGAUAGAAAGAGUUUUAUAUAGCCCUUGUAUAGAUUUGUAUAGGUUUGUUUGUGUGUGCGUGUGAAUGAGAGGAGGGAUGCUGACACAGAAUGAAUUCAUUAUUAUUAUUAAGGGCUGUUGCUUGUUUAGCAUUAUUAGCAUCUGGGCUAAUCAGGUCUUAUUUUAUGUCAUCUGUCCAUCCAAUGCUAGCUGCCCGCUACUGUUACACUGGAGGUGAUUUGCACUAAAUAGCGCUGGCUAGAUGUCAUGGCGCCCAGGUGUACCAGCAGCCAGCGUGCGCUACGCUCGUCAUCGGCUCAUUCCCAUUCCAGUGCACUCUUGUAAACAUUUGUUGGCCUUUUUUAUUUUUACAUUUUAUAUUACAUUUUGUGCCAUAUCUCAAUCCUGUUGGGCCACCGGUGGUUAUGCUACCACACUCUCCCUGCUAAAACGAAAAAAAGUGGGAGAUGAUGAUGAACUGUAACACCAAAUUAUUGUUUUUAUUAAAGGUGCUGUAAAUGUGA